AUGACCCUCAAAGGGGUCUCCUCGCUGCUCAUUCUGCUCGGAACCAUCGGAGCCGUUGUCGCCGGCUCGCGAUUGUGCCCACAGUGCACGCAUGCUAAUUUCGUACUUUUUUUUUCCCGACGAAUUUCCAGUUUUAUCCAUGUAUUCGUGCAUUUUCAGAUUAACAACAAACUGCUCAUGCAGAACAAGGCACAAGGGCAGUAUAUCGGGUGGGUGCUGGACUGGGAGGGAACCGAUUGCUCCGAGGGCAUUUUAAAUUUUGUUGAAUGCAUGCACGCGUGUCUCUGUAUUGAAAUAGAGAACGUCACCAAGAGCGGAAAUCUCGAGUAUGUCGGUGAGUUUCUUCUUUGUCAGAUUUUUAAUUUCUCGAUUGACUGAUUUCAGGCCUGAUGCUGGACUGCUCAACGGACCUAAUUUGGGAAACCCCAGACUUGCCCUCCGGAACGGAUUGGACCAACUUCCUGGGAGAGUUGGUUCAUUCCAAUGUCCGGGAGGGGCGCAAGAUCUCCUACCACUUCUCGAGUGAGCCGACCAUCCUCACCGACGAGUUCAGAAACGAGCUGAAAAGAAAGUCGCCGCCCUCCAUCAUAAAUGUGAAGAACGGAUUGAUUUUGGCGGCGCUUGCAGUUUCCGUUCUUGUCAGCUCAAUGUGCGUAAUCUGUCUUUGCAAGGUAUGUUUGGUCCCUGGUUUUUGUCGCGAAUAAAAUUGGUUCUUGCAGAGAAUGUGCAAUCGCCGUCGUCCGGAAGAAGCUGGUCAGAUCGAGAUGGAGAUGGCAGUGGCCGGAGGGCAGAACGCGAAUGGGGCCGAGGAGAUGGACGACGAGAUCAGAGAGUUCAACGACCGAUGCUUGUACACAUUCGAUUUUGAUGAAGAGCAUGGAUCAUCAAUGCUGAGCGAGUAG